UAGAGUAUUGAUUAUUAUUUGAUUAGUUCAAUUUUUACAACAAUGGAACAACGAUGAUAAUCAGCAAGUAUUUCAGCUAUUCGUAUAUACAGUUUGUCAAUAUAACCUCAUUGUAUACCUGCGAUUAACUACAUUUUGUUGGCCUUCUUGUGCCCUUAUCGACCAUUACAGAUUUAUAUUCUUUAAAUUAACUUUGAUUAGGAAUAUUUUUUGGGAGUACGCGUACAAAAAAAUGAUUUUUACGACCCAAUAGGGAAUUUAGAUUUUAAAAAGGAUUUUACAUGAUACAAGUAUAUGUGAUCACAACGCUUAAAAACACUUGCAGCCAUUCAAGUGCCUUGCGGCAAUAUCCUUACGAUCCAAGGUGAUCUGGUGAAGUGAGGGAACGAAGUCGGUAAUACUUAUGAGGAAAGGCCUCAUUCUUUGGGUGGGAAGAGUUAAAAUUAUGAGCACUUUUUGCAGAUAUAUUGAAAGUUGAAAUCUCAAUUUAGCGAUUUCAUUCCCCACUUGAUAAUGCAAAAUAAAGAACUAAAUCAAUUACUUUUUUUCAGAAUUUUGAACGCGUAUAAACCCUCUAUUAGUAGUUCCUAUGGAAUGGUAUCUAUAUUCCGCGUACCAUUUUGUACCAAAAGCUUAUCCAUUACUCCCUUAUUUGGUCAGAUAACUUGUGUGUGUGCUACAUAUAUAGUUACUUUGUUUUAACAUUAACAACUUGAAAUAUGAAAUUGAUUUACUUAAGAAAGGUGGGUCUCCAUUUCUGGAGUUAUUCCCAUUAAUGCCGACCAAUUGCUAUGCCGUAUUGCCAAGAAGUUUUAAUGGGUUUCAGGAGCGAAUCAGAUAUAGACAGAACCGAGAACCAAAGUUGCCUGGGUUUUCGGUUCUAAAACUGGGGAAUUUUUCACCAUUUGGACUCGUUGAAAUAUAUUUUCCAAAAAAAUUCAAUAUCCAUGAUUGGCAAGUUAUCUUCGAAGUGACAAUCUAUUUGGCCUUACGUUUUUGGAAAGCCCAAAAUUAUCUGACCCAAAUGAAUCGUAUUUUGAAUCCAUCGCGUCACUGGUCGAGUGAUGUGUUCCAUGGAGACCCAUUCAAAAUUCAGUCGUACAACUUUCGCUAUGCCGACAAGCCAUUUUACCCGACUCAGAACUAUCAAAGGCCUCCGCUGACUCCACCACCACUUGUGAGAAAUCCCUCCUUUGAGACGUUCUACCAAAACCCCAGAUUCAGUCAGGAUCCCGAAUAUUUUCAUACAAAUAGCCGUCUUCCCACUACCUCUUUUGAACACCAGAGUCGGCGAUUUCCGCAAGAAUCAAAGGCUACGAUAUCUCAACACUUGUUGGCUCCGCCGGAGAGACUUAGUGUGCCGGUGGCUCCGCAAACAAGACGAUCGCAUAAUGUCACAGAUUCUCUGCUCCUGAGGAGUUGCUGUCAAAGCGGAAAAUAUCAGCCGAUAAGAACGAGUCCGAGCACCAUUACCUUGAGAAACAGUAGCUAUAAUGCCCAGCGAUCCACUGGUGGAGCUGUCGGUCCAGCCUCAACCACUACUUUCUCCAGUGAUUCCAACACCCAGCUCCUAACAAAGAGAAGUGGCUGCGAGAUAAAUAUAAACAUCUGCAGUUUGGAUACACAAUCUGAGGUGGACAAUGCUAGCAUCAAGAUCGGAGCAGAUACCUAUCUGCUAAACAAUACUGAUAAGGUGAUGACCAAGUCGCAGAAGGUGUCAACUACUCCCAGAUCUUUAGAUACAAUUAGCAUCGACAAAAGAUUGUCCAAGUUUAAUGUAAGCGAAACGAAACCAAGAACGAGUCCGGAAUGGGAGCUCCGGCAGAGGGAGAAAGCUAUGUCAGAGAAGCGUCAACGAGAACGGGAACGCGAUCGUCAACUUCUGCAGGAGCGUCGGCUAGAGCGGGAAAAAGAGCUUCAAGAGCAGCGGGAACAAGCCCGCCAACGGGAGCGAGACCGCGAGGAGCUUCGCCAGUUAGAGCGAAUGCGGGAUGAGGAACGUCUUUUGGAAUUGGAAGUAGAGCGCGAAAGGCAGCAUUUGCGAGAACUGGAGCGGGAAACCCAACGACAAAGGGAGUUAGGUCGAUUGUGUGCUUUCCAGGAACAGUCGCGUCGCCAACGGAUGGAAGAACUGCUUCGGGAGUCCGAAAAUCACCGACCUCCAGUUUCAAUGACCUCGCAUCUGUACACUGCGACCUCUGAUGAUCGAUUGCCCGGAAUGGCUUUUUGUGAUUUAACUUCACGACGGGCUCAGCACACACACACCACAACGAGGAAUCUUCCCAGGCGAAAAGAAAGACGAAGAGCACCGUAUAAUCAAGAAGCAAGAGCCGCUAGAUCUGCUACCCGUUCACUCACUCCGCUACCAGUCCUUACCCGGAAUAGUAGUUCAGCUUUGCCUAUACCCCUUCUGAUUCCCACUUCCCGGUCAUCUACACCAAUAAGAUGUUCCAACAGAUCAUCUAGCCGAAGUUCUUCGCCCAUUUGUAAUCACCAGCGUAGUGCAACUCUUACCACACCGCGAAAUCUGGAUCGGAGUAGUUCGGGAUCAUCGAAUGGCAAUGUUCAUGUCACAGUGGUGACUAAUGGAAGACAGAGCAGCUGCAGCAUGAGUCGUUCAUCUGAUGGUCGGGUGAGUGAGCCCAAACGGCUAAAUGACACCCAGCCCUUCGUCACAUGUCUGAAUAAUAUGCCCAUAAGGAUCACCACUUCACGAGCGGCAGAUAGGGAUCUAGAUUUCAGCCUUAAUCGCGUGAGGCUGAGGGGAUCUUCACCAAUGUCAAGGGAAAGGAACAGCAGUCAAGAAAGUCAGGAUGCCUGUCAGGUCAACAUCAACGUGUAUUCAGAUAAACUGCGCUUAAUGCGCCUGUAAUGAGGGGAAGAUGGGGAAUUGUAUGGGUGAUUUUUGGGUUAGAUUAUUUUCAAGAAAACAGAUUUUAUCUGAUCCAGAAGUCACCCAUUCACUCCCUUAAUGCCUCUUCACUCGAAAGUUGUGGUAUUUUCGCUGCUAUUUGAGUUAUAUGUUUUCUUAACCCAACAAAAUCCGAAAAUUGUAUUCCAAAUUAAAAAGUAAAUUAUGGCA